GUUAGAUUGCACAUGAGCGUAAAACCCGAGUGAAAACGGCUCAGUUCUGAUUUCAAUUCCUCCCUCGAGCGUCAUGUCCGACGUCGAACCACGCUCAAAGACUCAACCAAGAUCAACGAACGUUAGGUCAAGAACGAGUCCUCCUCCCAACGAACAAGACCAAAGACCACCAACAAAGAGAGCAAGAAAAGCUAUCAACUGCGAGCCUUGUAGAAAUUCAAAACUCAAAUGUGAUAGAAAUCGACCAUGCUCGAGUUGUGUUCUAAGAGGAACCAUUGCUUUAUGCUACCAGGAUGCUCGUGGGCAUGAAUCAGACUUGAACUUACGUUCAGACGACCAAAAUGCCUCUAGAGUGGAUCCAAUGCAAGAAAUAACUCGUUUGAAACACAGCGUCUCGCUACUCGAAACUUUUAUCAUUGCAAACCACCGAAAUCUUCCAUUCAAACGUCCACUCGACCCUCCACCUUCAGGUCCUCCAAGUCCACUCAAGAAAGAGCCUCAAGAUUCUGACUCCGUCGAUCGCGAUAAUCCUCCCGGCAUGAUCGGCUCCCAGGGACACGGCGGCUUCUACGCUGGUACUACCUCUGUCGUUACUCAUCUCACAAUGAACGAAGCGCGCGCUUCAGACGACCCAAUGGACAGGCACCCAUCUCAAGAAGGCCUCGUCAACGAUGAAAUCGCAGCUUCAACUCAUGAGUACGACAGAGACCUCCUAGAGCUCCUCCCAGCCCUCGACACAAUCGACACCCUCGUCAUCUACUAUUUUGAAUACUGCAAUUGGAUUUACCGUCAUGUAAACCAACCCGCAUUCACUGCCGCGUGGGCUCGCUUCAAGAGCGGCUCUUCUCCAGAUAGAGUCGUCCUCGCGACUGUCUGCAUGAUCAUGGCUAUCGCCGUUCAUUACUUGCCUCCCCGCGACCCACUCAUCGCACAUCUAGCAGAUAACCAUGAAGAACUCGGAAAACGCUUUUACGACGUUAUGCGCACGGCACUCGAUCGACAUCGUGCAGAGUCCAGAACUUACACCCUCGAACUCGUCGAAUGCCUCCUGAUCCGCUCUCACUAUCUCAAUCUCAGCAAGACAGAUAGCGAAGAAAUUUGGGCAAUUCGGGCCGAAUUAGUCAGUAUGGGCCUUGCAAUGGGCCUACACCGCGAUCCAUCUAGGUGGAGAAUGAACAAGGAACUUGCAGAGAGAAAACGUUGGGCAUGGUGGCAUAUUAUACUACUCGAACGGUGGCAAGCCUUCAUGUUUGGUCGUCCUCUUGCCGUAGCUUCCCACCACUUUGACACCCAACUUCCCUCUGUGUCCCCCAUCAUUCCCACAAACCCUCCACAACCACGUCUCUACGCCCCGAAUCUCGCACUCUUUCGCCUCGCCUACGUCCUAGGCGACAUCAUGGACAGUGCCGUCUCGCUUCGCUCCGUGUCAUACGACACGAUCAUGGCGCAUGAUAAAGCUCUCGCUAACUGGAUGGACAACUUACCUCAAGAACUCGAUCUGGACGAGUUCAGAAUUGCACGCGCCCUCGCAAGCUCAGACAUAGUUACGAGAAGACUGGGCGUACAAAGCGUCAUCAUCCGAACAAGCUACUACCACAUCCGCUUCACACUCCACAGACCAUACGCUUCCGCAUCACCCUCCCUUUUCCUCAAUGACAAAGACAAGCACGAUAAACCCGAGAAAGACCCUAAAGACGCUGCAAAAUCCGAACGCCAAGCAAACAGCCUCGAUAUAGCAGUAGGCAGCGCCGACAAACUUAUCACGCUCGUCGAUCACGCCCGCCCAGACUUUCUUGCAAAUGCCAGCCUAGCAGUACCAGGCCACAUGUCCUGGGGACCCUUCCACGUAUUCAGCGCUGCCAUGUUUUUCUCCUUCCAACUCAUCUCAAAUCCAAACCAACCAGGCGCAGGCCUCUUCCGUGCAAACAUCAAGAAAGCGCUCGGCACUCUCGAUUUAAGCCGCGGACAAGCAGUUGCAGACCGCGCACUCGAUAUCUUAGGCGCCCUUCAACCCCUCUACGAAGUCGGAUUCGCAGACAUGGAGGCAAGCGAACGCGAAAGUGUCAAAGGACGUGUCCUCGGGCUUGUCAAAACCCUCGCAUUCCCCUAUCACGACCAGUCGCGUUCAUUGCGGAGCGGGGCAGCCGAUAGCCCCCACAACUACUCGGGUGGCAGUCCAAGCGGUUACAUGGGCAGCCCACCGGGCGGGAAUAGCGUGGAUUACCCGCCUCAUACACAUACAGCUCAACCGCGAUACGUGCCGCCUAAUACAUCCCCGCCUUAUCCGUACCCUGAGAAUAGGGGGUAUAGUGAUGUGAGGGGGUCGUAUGAGGGUGCGAGGUAUGUGGAUGGGGCUUCGAGGACGGUGCCUGCUUCUGGUUCUGCGGCCUCGACGACGGCGAGCACGUAUCCGGAUCCGCCGCCUCCUGCGCCUGCACGAAACCCAUAUCCACCGUCUGGGUCAGGGUCGGCAUCAGGGUCGGCAUCAGGGUCUGGGAAUCCGUACCCUGCACCACCGCCACCUGUGCCAACACAACCAUAUUCUGAUUCUGUACGAUCGUAUCCGCCUACAUCUGAUGGUACACAUGUUCAAGCACCUUACCCCGACACACGGCCCUAUCCUGUGCAAGGCAGCAUAGGAGGGAGCAGAUCGUCAUACCCCUUUACAUACCCGACGCCAGUGGAGGAAGAUUCGAUGUGGGGAGCGUCAUUAAGCCAGGCAGAGUGGGCGCGGUUUCUAGAUGUCAUGCAGCGCCCUACAGGGGAGAGAGGAUGA